AUGACGAACACUGGCGGCAGCGGCGAUAAGGGUGUCUCCAAAAACCCUCAAUCACCUACUCCCGCCCCUCCUCCUACUUCCCAAAAUCCCACUACUCCUACUAGUGGGACUCAAGUGAACCCCACCGCUGGCACCGGGAUUUCCACCAGACUCGGUGCCAGUGAUGGUGGCAGUAGCGCUAGCGCUAGCGCUGGGAUUCCCACCAGACCCGGUGGCAGUGCCGGUGGAAGCAGCGCCAGCGUUGUAGUCAAUGUUGCUGUUGCUACUCCGAGGAAGAGAGGAAGCACGUUGGUUGCGGGGGAAGGAUCGUCAAGAAGAGGGAUGGGUGCGGCCAACCAAACCCGUAGUGUGAGGCCGAAUGUUCCUCUACUGAUUGCAACCCCACCUGCUGCACCGGCGAAUCCUCCUCCUCCUCCUCCUCAGCCGGAGAACACAUGCGUGGUGUGUCACAAAGACUUCCAUUCGGUUAAAGCUUUGUUCGGGCACAUGAAUUCACAUCCUAACCGUGGGUGGAAAGGUGUGUAUCCUCCUCCUACUUUUAACAGGGAGGAGUUUGCUGAUCUGCAGGCGCAAAUGCAACAAGAAGAAGAAGAAGAAGAAGUUGCCGGAAAUGCUGGCGACCCAGCGGUGGAAGAAGCACCUUCCGAAAGGCGCGACGUAGUCCCUGAUCUUAAUGUGGCUGAACCCGCGGUAGGGGAAGGAUAUCGUUUGCCAGAUUUGAAUUUGCCACCACCAGCAGAGAAUUAA